GAAAUCUCAACUUUGUUGACGCUCCAUCCUCGGAUUCUCAUUUGGUUCCACCGGCCACUGAUUCAUCUCAAAUUUAUCCUCUCCGUGAGACUGGCACUGACAGCGACGGCUCCACCGUGAGUUCCCGGAAUCUGCGGCCUCUCUGGUCACCCGCAUUCUCCUUCUUCUUCACGAUUUAUGGCCGCUGGCCGGUGCUGAGUCGCCGUUGUUGUGUUACUGUUUCAUCUAGGUCCAUUCCUCGGUAUUCAUUUCCACAUUUCUACGUUCGUGCACGAGGCUUUAAGACGACGAAAAUCGCAGCAGAGUAGCAGAGGAUUCGGAUCAGACCAAACAGCAGAAACGAAAGGAAAAACGAGAUAUUAAAAACGACGGCGUUUGGAGGAUCCAAUCCAUUUCUCGAGCAAGUUGGCCAUUGCAUUCGAUAUCUUAACCGCAUCGCUGUACCGAACGGACGCAUCGUUUUCGGGAGCGGUUUUCUGAAAGGACAGACGAUUCGACAUCCUGAAAAUGUGCGAAGCACGAGCCCAAUGACAUGGGUAUCUACAAUUAUGGAUUGAUAUAGACUGAAUCAAGGUGGUGGCCUGUUGGGCUGGGAGAAGGUUUGGCUACAUUGAGAAAUGGGGACGGUUGCCGGAGAGGAGUUGAUGAACUUGGAGAAAAUGCAGGAAAUAAAUGCCCGUGAAGAGAAAAUUCUUGUAUUAGUAAGGUUGAGACCUUUGAAUGAGAAGGAGAUUAUGAUGAAUGAAGCAGUGGAUUGGGAGUGCAUCAAUGAUACUAGUAUCUUGUACCGGAAUACCUUACGGGAGGGGUCCACAUUUCCAAGUGCCUAUACUUUUGAUAGAGUAUUUGGAGGUGAUUGCUCUACAAAGCAGGUGUACGAGGAAGGAGCCAAAGAAAUUGCAUUUUCUGUAGUCAGUGGUAUCAACUCGAGUAUUUUUGCAUAUGGUCAAACAAGCAGUGGAAAGACAUACACCAUGAACGGAAUUCUUGAACAUUCAGUGUCAGAUAUAUUUGAUUACAUUAGAAAGCAUGAAGAAAGAGCAUUUGUUGUGAAGUUUUCAGCUAUUGAGAUAUACAAUGAAGCUGUUAGAGACCUCCUGAGCACAGAUACUACUCCUCUCAGGCUGCUAGAUGACCAUGAGCGAGGGACUGUUGUGGAGAAAGUCACUGAGGAAACUUUGAGGGACUGGAACCAUUUAAAGGAGCUCAUUUCAAUGUGUGAAGCUCAACGACGGAUUGGAGAGACCUCGCUGAAUGAGAAAAGUUCUAGAUCUCAUCAAAUUAUUAAAUUGACAAUUGAAAGUUCUGCUCGAGAGUUUUUAGGAAAAGACAAUUCAACCACCCUUGCUGCUAGUGUGAAUUUUAUUGAUUUAGCUGGGAGUGAACGUGCAGCUCAGGCAUUAUCAGCAGGGGCGAGAUUGAAAGAAGGCUGCCACAUAAAUCGCAGUUUACUGACUCUCGGUACUGUUAUUCGCAAAUUAAGAAUUGAGAAGAUGGCGAAGGAGAUUAGAGAGCUCACAAAGCAAAGAGAUCUCGCUCAAUCCCGGAUUGAAGAUUUACUUCGUAUGGUUGGACAUGAUGAUGUCGUGAGAAAGGAUAUCGAAAGUAGUUAUUCCAAAUUGCAAGCGAGGGAUGCUUUAGAGGAUGAAGGUUCACCAUCAGAAACUUCAAGUGUGGCUGAUUUUCGUGAUAGAGAUAUGGGUGUAAAAUCCUUCAACAAUCCUCAUUAUUAUGAUGGAGACAGUGAUGAUGGAAAGAGGUUUCUUGACUCUUACUCCGGUCACAGUCCAAUGACAACAACCGCUCUUGCAAUAGUCGAAGAUUCCGAUGACUGCAAGGAAGUUCAAUGUAUUGAAAUGGGGGAGUCAAUAAGGGAUGAUAACUUGUCACCGCUUGCUGCCAAUAACGGUGAAUUUAGAGGAAAUGGUCAUGAAAUGAUAUCAACCCCUGUGAAAGGGAAUAGAGAAGCACAUCAAAUUCAAAAUAAUUCAGCAAAUGAUCAACCGGAGCAAAGACUCCAUAAUGUAAGAAGGACAGAAAUUAAUUCUAUGUUCAGUCCUUACCGCGACCAUGCAUGUUCAAAGGUUACUGCUGAUAUGUCAAGCUCCAGAAGCUUGAAGCUAGCCAGAAGCUGGAGUUGUAGAGCCAAUCUCUCGACUGAUUUAUCACCUGGUAGAGGAGAAACCACCCCUCCUCAUGGAUUUGACCAAAGAUUUCCUGGAAGACCUGAAGGUUUUGAACGGAAACUCUCACAAUUAGUCUUUGAUGACAGCCUCCGGAGGCUUGAUUCUCAGUCUUCUAUAGGAAGUGCUCGGAGCAUCAAAACUUCGGCAGAUGAAGACGUUACUCGCUUAGACGCCUUUGUUGCCGGAUUGAAGAAAAUGACCAACUUAGAGUAUGGGAAAGAACUUGCUGAUGGACAGUUUCUGAAGGAUGGCCACGAAUUGGAUCUCUUAAAGGCUUCAAAUGGUGCUGGAGGGGGAGAGACAUUGCAAGAUGCUGCACUAGUCACAUCCGAUUGGAAUCAAGAAUUUCAGAGGCUGCGGAGGAUGAUAGUUGAACUUUGGCAAACUUGCAACGUCUCGAUAGUCCACAGAACUUACUUUUUCUUGCUCUUCCAAGGUGAUCCUACCGAUUCCAUUUACAUGGAAGUGGAGAUUAGGAGACUGACUUUUAUGAAGCAAUCAUUUUAUUACGGCAAUGAAGCUAUGGAAGAUGGCCGGAAAGUUUCUUUUGCUUCAAGUGUGAGAGAUCUUCGUCGCGAGAGAGAAACAUUGAGUAAGUUAAUGCGGAAACGAUUCUCAGAAGAAGAGAGAAAGAGACUUUUCCAGCAAUGGGGAAUCUUGUUGAGUUCAAAACGCCGAAGGCUGCAGCUCAUCAACUGCUUGUGGAGCGACUCGAAGAACAUGAACCAUGUAACAGAGAGUGCAGCCAUUGUUGCGAAGCUUGUGAAGUUUGCUGAACAAGGACAGGUUCUCAAGGGGAACUUUGGUCUCAGCUUCAUCACACCUCCACUGAAAAGUAGAAGAUCAUAUAGCUGGAAGAACAACAGGAGUUCUCUUCCGUGACCUGAGCUGCUGCACAUAUAAUAACGCUACUGAAGUUAUCAUAUCAUUCGUAUUUUUGUUACUGGUAAUCAAUAUAGUUAUGUAAGAAACUAAAGCUUCAUUAAUUUUGUAAUAGGGCUGUAUAAAUCCCUUUGUAAUCUUGCUUGAUCUAGGAAGUUAAUUUAGAUUAGGCUGAUUGAUUUAGCUUUUGUUGUUGUGUAUUUUGUGAAACUCGAAACAUUAUAAUUGUCACGUUUUUCAUUUCUUUUACCCUUC